AUGAAAUUUGCUAUUAUUAAAGACAUGAAACUAGAGUCUACAUGGAAGGCUUUUGUAACGCUGUUCCACAAGCUAUUUGAUAUUAUUGUUCGUUACCAAACAAUAUAUACAUUUUCAAAUAAAGAUACUUUAAAUUCUCCCAAAAUGAUUUAUUCAGUCCUCCCUUCAUCGCCAAUAAUUCCAUUCCCAGACCCGAUAUUUAUAACGCGAGGCACAGUUGGUCUAGUAAAUGAGACAUUUUAUGUUGUAUUCUUAUCAUUUCUUAUGGGAACGUUGAUGACACUAGUGAAUUAUCUGCAGAGGACUGGAAUUUUACUCAACAACCAACGGAUACGAUUGGAAGAUGCAUAUUGCAAUGAGCUUGUAACUUUCCAUAACUUGGAUCAGGUUGGAGACGACGCUUGUAGCGAUACAUUCACUGACAGUGACAGUGACAGCGACAGCGACAGCGAGUAUCAAGGUUCUGCAUCUGGAGACCAGGACUCCGACCUAGAAUCAGUAUUGUCAUAUUACGAUAAAACCAAUGACUUUGUUUUCGUACCGCACAUGGUAGGUUCAUCAAUGUUUAAUGGCCAUACAAUGUCUUUUGGCGAAGGGUCUGCAUUUGAUCUUCGUAAUCUUUCAGUUAGGUACAGCUCCAUUAGAUCAUUGGGGUUAAAUACCACUGCAUCCAAUAACCAAACUACAAAAGCAAGUGAAAUAUUAAUUUGGUAA